UUCCGGGUAACGGCGUCGGAAACAUUUCUGGUAUGCAGAAAGGCGGAUCCCUCUUUGCCACUUUUGUCUUUCAGAACUUCUGUAGUUAGCAUUUGCGUUAGCACACUUCAGUAAACGUUGUCACGCUGUGUUUUUCAGCAACUCUGUUUUCAGACCAUCUCCUUGGGUUUAGUCACAGCGGCGACCAGUAGAGCGUCAGUCCACCGUUAGCGAGCUAACUUUUUACUGCAUAACAAGGAAGGUGCUGUACGCAAGAUGGACCAACCUCGAGUGAUAUGGGCAUUGAAAAACGGUGAAGUGAACGAAGUUCAAGGCGUUUUGAAAACGGGGGAAGAUGUAAAUCAGUCCCUGGAAGGGAGGAAGCCUCUUCAUUACGCUGCAGACUUCGGCCAAGUAGAUAUGAUAAAAUACCUUCUUCAUAAAGGAGCAGAUGUCAACGCCACAGACAAGCACGGGCUCACUCCACUAAUGUAUGCCUGUUUUGAGGAUCACAAGGAAUGUGCCAAGAUCCUUUUGGAAAAGGGAGCUGACAAACACAUAAAAUCACCAGAUGGCGUAUCUGCCUUUGACUGUGAGAGCGACACCAUUCGGGAGCUGCUCAAAGCUGCAGGACCCAAGUAAGGCAAGCGGCUGGACAGGUGGAUGAACGGACCUGCAGAUGGAUGCAGUGGUCCCCUGACAGAAGACGCCCUCACCCCAUUUACUCCAAUCAACCUCUGUCUUACCACUGCUUUGGUCUGUUUGUUGGAGGUUCGUUUUGUCUGUCUGGUGAUUUCCAUUAAUCUUUUUCUUCCCAUGUUUUUGGGAAUGUAUUUUCUCUUCUUUGGGCCUCGGUCUGUCAGCAAAGUGACACAUAAUAGCCUCCCUUAGGGACCAAGCACUGGGGGAGUUGUUAAGCUUGGAUCAUGUAACACUGUUCUGACCAGAAGUUAAGUUCUGUCAGGUUAGCACUAAAAUAUGCAUCUGAAAUUCUGCUGCCUCUUAAACUAAAACAAAACAAACCGUAACAGAUCAGUAAUGUUCAUUUUUCCACAGUUUUCCUACAUGUGGCCAGUGUUUUGAACAGUAACUGCGCUGUGAUAAAUUAGAUGGAUUAAAAUGCAAGGUUCUAAUGUUUCAUUAAGAUAAAUAAAUAGAAUAUGUAGCCUGUUCAUUGAUUGACCAAACUAUUUCUUCUUAAACUUGUUUAGGCCUAUUACUCACAUAUCAAAUGACAUUUAAUGAGUUUGAAAUCUUUAUUUUCCUUUCCUUCUUUUUUGACCAAUCACCAUGCUGGGUUACUAGAAAGACUUGAAUGUUGCAAUUUUGAAAUAAUAACCUGUUGAAAAAUUGCUAACAGAACAUGAAAAUGAAAUUUCUCCCCUUGAGUGAGUUUGUUUUUCUUCUUUUUUUCUCAAAGCAUAACUCCUUUUUCCACUGCGUUGGCUUUCUUGGAUCUGAUGAUGGGCUCUGGGUGCUGAGAAUGAUGGGUAAACGGGGGUUAGAGUUGAAACCUGAUCAUGGGGCUGCUUAUAAAUCUCCUUGCCUUGGAUUUGCUUCGAGACCCCGCCUGUUUUGCUGCAUGUCAAAACUGCUUCUGCUUUUCUGCUACGAAACGGUUGCUGUCCUCUUGGUUGCUCUUAAAUGAAUUGCUAAGUAUGUACUGAACUAAAACAUGGUUAUACUGACUUUGUUUGUGGCAAAAGUCUGUAAAAACCAAUAAAAACAUUACAGAAAC